AUGCCUUGGAAAAAUAACACAGAUAUAAUGGAAUUUAUUCUUCUUGGGCUUUCCAGUGAGCCCAGGACACAAGUUAUCCUGUUCUUCAUAUUCCUGCUUGUGUAUAUGAUCAUAUUAAUUGGGAACAUCUCCAUCAUUAUUCUAAUCUGGUCUGAUAUCAGUCUUCACACACCUAUGUAUUUCUUCCUUGGCAACCUCUCAUUUGUGGAUCUCUGCUAUACGUCUUGCACUGUGCCGAGGAUGUUGAAAGAUUUAAUUUCGGUAAAGAAAACUAUCUCUUAUGCUGAGUGUAUAACACAAAUGUACACUACUCUCUGUUUAGGGCAAUCAGAGUGUGGUCUGCUUGCUAUUAUGGCUUAUGAUCGUUAUAUAGCUAUAUGUUAUCCAUUACAUUAUACUACAAUCAUGAGUAAAGCUGUUUGUGUGGGACUAACCAUUGGUAUAUGGCUAUGUGGAUUUAUUUUCUCUACCUCACUUGCCACUCUUACACUCAAUGUAAAUCGCUGUGACAAUAAAGAAAUUAAUCAUUUUUUAUGUCAAGUUCCAGAAGUAUUAUCACUGGGUUGUGAAAAUAUUUCAUUUAUUGAAUUUGUUGUUUUUGUGGAAAGUGUGAUUCUUCUUCUUAUACCAGUGACAUUUAUUAUAAUAACUUAUUCUCAAAUAAUUAUUUGUAUCUUAAAAAUUAAAUCUUCUGCCGGGCAGCGGAAAGCUUUCUCCACCUGUGGGUCUCAUAUAUUGGUUGUGACCAUAUUUUAUGGCUCAGCUAUGGCUGCUUUCAUGAAACCGAGAUCAAACUCUCAACCAAGUACUGACAAAUUUAUUGCUAUAUUUUAUUUAAUUUUUUCACCAAUGCUGAAUCCUUUGAUUUAUACUCUUAGAAAUAAUGAUGUAAAAGCGGCCUUUUCAAAAUUAAAAUUUAGAAUGGUUUAUGUUGCUAUAAAUUUAGGUGUUGUAAUUAAAAAAUAA